AUGACUCUCUUUUCAGCCAUGCAUUUUCUCAAACUACAAGUACAACAUGGUGGUGACAUACAUGAGAUAAUAUUACCAACCAAUUCGAAUGAUCCAUGUGUUGAAGAAUUACAACAACAUUUACAAAAUCAAUUGAACAUUCCACUAGAUGUACAGCGAAUAAUGUUCAAGGGACAAAAUUUACAUGAUAAACCACACGGAAAACUGCGAAAAUUCGGUAUUACGAAUGCGAGUUUAAUUCGGGUUGUGGGACGUAAACAACCGAUACGACGUUAA